AAGCAAAACAAACCAGCUUGUUUUGGCGUUUUCGCUAGUCAAGACAGGUAUCUGCCUUCCAACGGAAAACCCCGAGAAUAGAGCACAAUGAAAGUGGCAUGGGUUUUAUUGUUUUUUGUUAUUUUUACAGCAUGCCUGGAAAGCAUACAGUCAGCAUCUUACUGCAAAACAGGAACAUAUGUGAAGGCGUACAACUGUCCUAAAAAAUCGAAGUGGGUCACAACCUAUUAUAAAGCAUGCGGAUGGUUAUGGCAAAAGCGAUGUAAAACAGGUUCUAGGUACUGGUUCAAGUACAAACAGCAUACUUGUUACGAGCAUUGUCUAAUACGUGGUGGGUGGAGUUCAUGGUCUAGGUGGAGUUCUUGGAGCUCCUGUUCUAGUGUGUACGGUAGCCAUUGUAUCGGUGACCAGUUCAAGAGGAGAAAAAGAUAUUGCAAUAAUCCCAGACCAAAAAAUGGUGGAUCAUGUUAUGGUUCCGGAACACAGGUUACUACAAGGUCAUGCAUGCGUAAAGUUAAUGGUAACUGGAGUUCGUGGAGUUCUUGGAAGUCGGCCAGCCCAUGUUCAAGUUCGUGUGGAAGAGGAUUAAAAUUAGUGAUUCGAAACAGAUCAUGCACCAAUCCUAGCCCUCGCUGUGGUGGAUAUUACUGUCAUGGGUCCCAAACAGCCUACAAGAUGAAUGUUUGUUAUGACCAAAAAUACUGCCGUGGUAAAGCUUUGAAAUCAGCUCCUUCUUCCAAGGCACCUAAGAAAUCCACACAACGUUAAUAGAUUUGAGCUGCUUGUGAUGUGAUGCAAUAAUAAAAUUAAAGAGCACAGAAUUUG